AUGAUACAGCGGCAGCAGCAGCAGCAGCAGCAGCAGGAGGAGGAGGGCCGGGCUCGGGCUCCCAGAGCCAACCUGGUCCGCACUUACGGCAAAUGUCAAGUGCGGAGGGUCUGCAAAUGGCUGAGUCCGACCCGCGACCAUCUCUUCUCCAACUCCGACUCCGACUCCCCGAGCAGCCGCGACAGCGAAAGCAGCAGCGACCCUUCCUUCGUCGUCACGAAGCCCAAACGACGAGGAAAGGUAUCAAGCUGCUGUAUAAAUGCAAAAGUGGUAAAGAGAAGUGUUGGAAAGCGAAAGAAUAUCCAAAUUUGCAAGAGGAAGCGCUCUGAUCUUGGGAGAAAGGGGGAUUCACAUCAGGAAAACCAUAGCCCUGUUUUCACAGAAGAACAAAGGCACGAAGAUUUCAUUUUUGCUGAAGACAAGGAAAAUUAUAUUGCCCCCAUUACUAGGAAUAAGGCAAAGCAAAUGUUACAACAUACUCAAAAGUUAAAAUUUGUUACUUGUCGCCGAAAACUACGGAAUCCAAAAACAGUGAAUCAAGUUAAAAGCAUCCAACCUCAAAUCAAAAAUGAGGUAUUUUUGGGAUCAUCAACAGAGUUUUCAGAAUCAUUGAUAUAUUUUGACAAACCACAUGAGAACAACGAUUGGAUAAAUUCAAGCAGUUGUCUCAGUUUUUCAAAAAAGCUGGACGGUUAUCCACUUCAGACAAGCACACCCUCUUGCUCCACAAAGUUGAAAAUAAAAGCACCACCAAUGUGUGCAAUUUCGUUCAAUAGUUCGAACAAUGAUGAGUUUAAGAGCAAACUCAAACCUUUUACCAUGGAAAGUAUUGACCGUCCCAACGCAGUGGGAGCCUUUUGCCCCCGGAAGCACCUCCCCACUGAAGAAUCGGAAAAUAAUUUACAAUCCAAAAAGGAAAUCAGGACGUAUGGUUUUGCUAUGGAGUCUAAAUCAGUCAGUUUUAUGGUAUCAAUGGAAAAUUGUCAACAUUCAGAUCCAGUUCUUUCCCAUUCCACUGAAACUCAGAAGAUUGACUUGGCUUCUGUCCCACCUGGCGCUUCCGAUGUGAGCAAAGAAUUAUUUACCGAUGUCACUGAAGUAGUUGAGAACCCUUGUGAGGACGGUUCAGCUGAGAGACUUAAUGUGAAGAAACUUGCAAGCAACAUGUUGGCAAAGUCUGGAAUGUCUUAUACCACUUAUGAUGACCAGGUAACUGAACUGAAAAUGUAUCAAACUAAAGAACUUUCCAGAAAGGAAUUUCAGUCUGUUGUGCAGUUAGACUGCGAUUUGGUUCACAAGUACUUGCAAAGAAAGUUCUUUAAAGAAAAUCCACAGACCAAAAGUAGGACAGCAGUCUCUCUUGCGGACGUGGUUUGUGAAGACAAUUCAUCCCGUGAUGAAAAUGAACUGCAAUUUGUAGAUUACUUAACAAGCAAGAAAUUAAUAUUGCAAAAAGCUAGCAAGAUAAGAUGGGCACGAUCUUUGGACUGGAAGGAUCUGCAACCCCUUGUGUUGCUCAAUCCAUUUGAAAUAGAGUGGCAUUUAAACCAGAAGAAAAUUUUUAUCAGAAAUCAUGUAAAAGCAAGUCUGGGAGAUGGUGCUUCUUGUGAUCAACGGAACGAGAAUAAUUUUCAAGAAAAAUACUCUGAGAAUUUGAAGUUUCACGAAGUACACACAAAUAGAAAAAAUAGUGUUCAGGAAUUAAAUACUGACGGAGCAUCUGGAGCUGAUUCAAACUGUUCUGAACUGGUAAUUGGCUCACCACACAGGCGAGCACUUUCACUUGAGAGUGACAGUUUUCUGAACGGAAAUGGCAUGUCAGAAGAAAAAAAUGAUGUCAGUGAUUCUACCUCCAGCAGGUGUCGCAGACAGAACAAGAACAGGCAUACUGGAUCGAUGUUUCAAGAAGAUGUUGAUUCAGUUGUAUUCUCUGUGAACCAAACAAACAGGAUUGAUAAUUCCCUAAUUGGUUUGAACAGCGUUUCAGACGUACAACUGCAUGAGGAGAAGAAAAACCUACAAUCAACUGUUGUGAACUCUUCAUUAUUUUCCUCCCCUCUGAGCUCACGUAACUGGUCAAAGUUCAAAGCAGCUCAUUCAGUUCACAAAAAUCACAAAGCAAUCAUUACACCUUUGAAAACUGUUUGCACUAUGUCAUAUCAACACAAUCAGGAAACCCCACGCUCUCUACCAAAAGAAAAGGAUACCGACCAAAAUAAUUUUCCUACUUCUGAGACCAACUUGGAAUGGAGAACCGUUUCCUCUAAAACUUCAAUUACUAAUAGAAUAAGAAGGACCAGAGUCUCCAGAAAUUCCUUCUUGGACAGUGGGUCAUCACUAAUGCUGUUCCUCAGUAAUGAACAGAGAGUAUACCGGGAAUGCCAGCAGGAUCGACCCAUCUCCUUCAAAGAAUGCAUACCACUGAGCAAGUUCAAGAAGUGUGACAAAAUUGGAGAGGGAGUUUUUGGGGAAGUAUUUCGGACUAUAAAUGAUAAUGGCGAAUUCAUGGUAUUCAAGAUAAUUCCGAUAGAGGGAGCGAAAUAUGUGAAUGGUGAACCACAAAAGAAGUUUGAAGAAAUUCUUUCCGAGAUAAUCAUUUCAAAGAAACUGCAUCAAUUGAGUGAAGAAGGAGAAAACCACACUAUUGGAUUCAUUUCUUUGCAUAAUGUAUAUUGCGUCAAAGGUUCUUACCCUGGGGAGUUACUUAAAGCUUGGGACAACUAUAAUCAAACUAAAACCUCUGAAAAUGACCGCCCAGAUGAAUCUAAGGAUGAGCAACUUUACAUGAUUUUUGAAUUUGAAUUUGGUGGUUGUGAUCUAGAAAGUAUGAACACCAAGAUUCCUUCCAUUGAAGUAGCAAAGAGUGUAUUACAUCAAAUAACUGCUUCCUUGGCUGUGGCUGAAGUGGCUUUGAAUUUUGAACAUCGAGACUUACACUGGGGUAAUGUUCUCAUCAAGCGAACAGCUCUAAAGCAGAUUGAAUACUGUUUGGCUGGUACAACUUACAAGAUUGACACUCAUGGGUUUUUAGCUAAUAUCAUUGAUUAUACUCUAUCAAGAGUGGGAACAGAUGGUGUCCUGCACUUCUGUGAUCUCUCCAGUGAGACUAGUUUUUUUUGUGGUCAAGGAGAUUAUCAAUUUGAUAUAUACCGAAAAAUGAGGGAGGAAAAUUUCAACAAGUGGUCUGACUACAACCCACACUCAAAUGUGUUGUGGUUGCAUUACCUAGCUGAGAAAAUGUUAAAUAUGAAGUACAAGAAAAGAGCCAAAAUCGCCCUCAAGACACGUAAAGAAAAAUUUGAGGAGUUCUUGAAUGAAGCUCUGAAGUAUCAGUCUGCUGAAGAGCUAUUGCAUUCAAAUUUCUUCUUUCAAUAAAACGGCAAGCAUACUUUGAUACGUUGGGAUCUCUGAUCUGCAGAAAUUUUAUUUCCUUUUACUUAAAUGUAAACAGUUUUUAUUUUUUUCUAAAUAAAGUUAUUGAAAACAAUUGUAAAAUAUUUUGUACUACCAAAAUUACAUUCCUUUGUAAAGCUGCCAUGUAAUAUUUCUACAAUAAUACUAAACAAGAUCUUUGACACGUUGUUUAGUUUAUAAUUUAUUUCUAAAAUGUUUAAUUCUCUGAAUUAGUGAUAAAAAGAAAUCUUGUACCAGCAGAAUAGUAGAGAUAAUAAUUGGGAUAGUUGUAAAAUAAUUGUCUCAACAUUUUUCCUUUCAGUCUUAGAAUAAAUCCAGUGAUU